AAUAGGGCGAGUCAGUGAGUCUUCAAGUCAAAGUUUCUCUUUGGUUUUUUGUGUUUUUAUUUCUUUUUUGUCUAAUUGUUUUUCUUUUGAUUUGUUCUUUUUCCAAGUGCUUUUAAAAUGAGUGAACAUAAGCCCACAGGUGAAGGAGACUUUGAAGAAGGAGAAAACAUCGACUACAAAGCUCCACCAGAGAAAAGUUUAACCGAGAUUUUGGAAACCGACAAAAACGAUGAAAGCCUAACUCGGUACAAAGAAGCCUUGUUGGGAGAUGCUGCUGUUAGUGCCCCGGUCGUUGAUCCAUCUAAUCCCAAUCGAGUGAUUGUCAAAGGAUUGGCCUUGUUAACCGAAGGUCGACCAGACCUUUAUCUAGACCUUACAGGAAAUCUCGCUGAACUCAAGAAGCGUGUUUACAAGAUCAAGGAAGGAAUCCAGUACAAAAUAAGAAUCGAUUUCAUUGUUCAAAGAGAAAUUGUGACUGGACUAAAAUAUGUGCAAAAAAUCAACAGAUUGGGCGUUUUAGUUGAGAAAAUAUCACAAAUGGUUGGUAGUUAUGCUCCCAAAACCGAAAUCCAAUCUUACACGACGCCUCCGGAAGAGAUGCCCUCAGGUCUCAUUUGUCGUGGAAAGUAUGACGUCAAAUCUUUGUUCACCGAUGACGAUAAACACGAACACUUGAAAUGGGAAUGGACCUUUGAACUGGUCAAGGAAUGGGAAUAAUUCUCGAGUCUUUUUUAUGUGUCGUCUCUUAUUUGGUUCGAAAAACUGGAAUAUUCAAUGAAAGAGCCAAUCAAUCAAUCGAUUUCAUUUAUUUGCUUUGAUCGAAUCGUGAUCGUGUGCCUAUUGUACAAUCUAAUUAGAUUGUGCGUCCAAAUUAAACUGAAUGUUCAGUUUUCUUUUAAAUUGUCCAGAAUAAUUUUGAUCCUUUUUUAUCUUGUUCCUUUGCACUAAAACAAAUUAAAUCCAACUUUUCCACUCAA